UGAAAUUUGCCAUCCAGUUGCAGAAUAACACGGAACGGACAUCUUUUGCUGUAUUAAUAUUCCCUUUCCUUGUGCUUUGCUGUUGUAUAGGAAAUUUUCUAGGGAUAGGAUUAUCAGCACCGAUCAACAGAUAUCAACUCCUUUCAACGUCUGAUUUCUGAGAACAACUUGUUCAAACAUGAGUAAACCAGGCGACUUCAACGCCGUCCGCAAGGACAUUAUCGCACAGAUGAAACAGCCAGGUUAUGACGAUGGCAGUGCUGGUCCAGUUUUCGUCCGCCUCGCAUGGCACUCCGCUGGCACAUACGACAAGCAGACCGACACCGGCGGUUCCAAUGGCGCAGGCAUGAGAUACGAGAAAGAAGGUGGCGACCCAGCCAACGCAGGCCUCCAAUUCGGACGGGCAUUCCUCGAACCCGUCAAGAAAAAACACCCAUGGAUCACAUAUUCAGACCUCUGGACGCUCGCAGGCGUCACGGCGAUCAAGGAAAUGGACGGACCCGAGGUCCAAUGGCAGCCCGGACGAACCGACUUUGUAGAUGACUCCAAGGUACCGCCGCGCGGACGCCUACCCGACGCGACGCAAGGAAGCGAUCAUCUUCGCCACAUCUUCUACCGAAUGGGCUUCAACGAUCAGGAGAUCGUGGCUCUCUCCGGAGCACACAACCUAGGCCGCACGCAUGCCGACCGCAGCGGCUUCGAGGGGCCGUGGGUGAACAACCCCAUCCGCUUCUCGAACCAAUAUUUCAGACUCCUCAAGAACCUGGAAUGGAAGCCAACGACGUUGCCCAGCGGUGUCAAGCAGUUUACCUAUGUGGACCCUGAUAUUCCCGAGGACGAGAAGGAGGAGCCUCUGAUGAUGCUUCCAACCGACAUGUGCCUGCUCUCCGACCCGGAGUUUUCGAAGUGGGUGGACCGAUAUGCCGACGACAAGGAGCUGUUCUAUGAACACUUCGCCCAGGCGUUUGCCAAGCUGUUGGAGCUGGGUAUCAAGCGAGAUGCCAGUGGGAAGAUCAUCAAUACAGAUAACGAGAAGGGAGGAUACAUCUCUGCGCCAAAGAAGAGCGACACCCCCACAGGACCGCCGAGAAGCUCGAAAAAGGGCGCUGCGAGCCAAGUCAGGGCUCGUCUUUGAGCUGUUUUGUGUUGAGUUUCGUUGUAAAGUGCUGCCGGUGGCUGCUGUUUUGUUGAAUCCGGACUUUGUUUGGAGAGAGAUAUCCACCUUUCUUUAAUAUUUGUGUAUAAUAAUAGAACUAGAAUGGGCCAGGAAUAGAUAAAAUCAAGCCGACUCUCGGUCUGCAGCUUGCGUUCAGUUUGUCUUUGCUGGCGGAGAGAGGAGAAAAGAAG